AAAACCUACACUUCCUCACACAGACUGCUGCUGCUGCUGAUCAGCAGCUGGAGGAGAACCAAACAGUGCCCGGCCCACAUGCGACACAUCAACUAUACUCCUGUCCAGAACCGGAUAUGCUUCUUCUUGUGCUGCUGCUGCUGUUGGAGAGGAGAGAAAACGCAAAGCUGCAGAAGAGCACAUAAAUAAUGAGAGAGGCGCGGCAGCCUGGCACACGGACUGGAGAGGAAGAGGAGGAGAAGGAGAAGCUGUUUUUGUUUUGAGCGGAUUGAAAAGUUGAUGAAGAGGAGGAUGGUUACACGCUUUCAUCGGCUGAGACUUCCUAUCAGCAGACUGAGCAGUGGCAGCUGGUGGAAAUGUUUCUAGGUAGGGCUGUGCCACUUCCAAUCAAUUUCAGCAAACAUCCUGGGAGGGCGUAGCGCCCUCUAUUAGCCGGCCGCCACUGAGACUGAGGUGCAGCAGCUGUUGUAGCUGGAAGAAGAAGUGACCUCUCCCGGAGAGAUGCCACUGCCCCAGGGCCUGAUGCUGUGCCUGGGCAUGCUGCUGCUGACCGUUGGGGGGGUCGUGGCCCUGUGCUUGGGCCUGCCCUACCAGUCUGCUCCUCUGUUUGGAGUCGGGCUGUUCCUGGGCCUGGGGGGCGUGGCCCUGCUAGUCAGUGGACUCUGCAUGGCCAUGAAGAACCUCCAUGUGGCGGUGCCCGGACACUUCCUGCUGCACCCGCGUACCGGCACACGCUUCAGCCCGCAGCAGGCCCUGGCUAUACAAAGGAGGUUGGACCGGAUUCGUCGAGAGAUGUCCGAGGACUCUGUCAGCAGGGCUCCGGACCCUGAACCCUCCCUCCCCUCCACCCCGCCGCCCUGGACCAUGGAGCCGCCUCCAUCCUACGACACAGUGAUGAAGAGCCAGGAGCACAGCGAGCCGCUUUAACCGCUCACUCUGUGUGGACAUCUUUACUUUGUGUUAGUGCCUUUUCGUUGUGUUCGGUUCUCAGCGGUCUGUGGAUGAACUCGCUGCGAGGCGCCUCUUCUGUGCCUUAAGACAGCCGCCCUGAACACAAACACUAAACCACGGAGCAGGAAGAGAACUGCAGCUGGUGAAAGACUUAAUAUGUGUAUGGACUGAGCCGUGGUGUGGCCUCUGUGUCGACUAAACGUGCAUGUUGUGAUUGACUGUGAAAGGAAUUGAAAUGAUCACUGCGACUGCUCCUCUAAGGGCCUUUCUUAAGACCAGCAUUAUGUAACUUUUACAACCAAGUCAACAGUUUGGCUGCAAGCCUCCUGGAGACACCUAACUAGGAAUAUUUUAUUGGCCUGCUUGAAUUUAUGUGACCUACUACUGUGGCUGCAGAGCACCGUCUCUCCUUCUUCAAACACGAUAAGAACUUUCCUCACAGCUCCUCUUCGUAUCUGCACUUCUUUGCCUGUCAUAACUUUGCUCAAGGAUCGUUGGCAGCUUACUGCAAUGCAAAAGUGCCUUAAGCAGUGACGGCAGAAUGUUAAAAGUACAGCUUUGUAUCCCGUG